AUUACUUCUGGUUUGGUAUAAAAGUUUUGCAUAAUGUCAGAUUCUCAAACAAUUGCUAGAGUUAAUCGAAUUGUUGCAGUAAUGAAAGAAAUUACUUUGUUGUUAACGUGUUUGGUGUACUGUUCGUAUAUCGGUCCGAUACGCGCAAAUUUACCGAAGGUAUGCUUUGCGAAUUCAUCUUGUGUGCUCGGCAGAUAUAUGAGCGGCUAUGAGAGCUAUUCAUUUGAAGCUUUUUUGGGCAUACCAUACGCCAAACCACCCAUCGACGAUUUGAGAUUUAGCAAUCCUGAAGAAGCGGAACUAUGGGAUGGCACCUUAUCAGCACGAUAUCCUAAACCUGAUUGUAUACAACGUGAUUAUAUCAAUGUAUUAAAACCGAUUAGCGGUUCAGAGGAUUGCCUGUACUUGAACAUAUAUCGGCCCUUGCACAAAGCCGGUGGAGAAUUGCCAGUAAUGUUUUACAUACACGGUGGUGGCUUUUUUAGCGGUUCACCAAGUCCUAGCAGUGUAGGACCCCAAUAUUUUAUGGAUACGAGUGAUGUAAUUCUAGUAGUGCCCGCCUAUCGUUUGGGUCCCUUUGGUUUUCUAUCUACCAACGAUGAAGAGAUGACGGGAAAUUAUGGACUUAAAGAUCAGAGAUUAGCACUACAAUGGGUUCAAAAGUACAUUUCGGCUUUUGGCGGUGAUCCCGAUCGUGUGACUAUUUUCGGUCAUAGUGCUGGCGCUGCAGCAGUCCAUUUACACUUAAUGAAUAACAAUGAUGAAGGUCUAUUCAGUAACGCUAUUAUGAUGAGUGGCGCUGCAAACUCACCAUUCGCUUUGCCAUUAAACGAUCCUAGAGACCAAGUCGUUCAACUGGCUAAAGCUGCUGGUGUAAGAGAAGCUGAAUAUCUAAGUUCCGCUGGCCUAGUUCACGCAUUGCGAUCAAUCAAACCGAAAACCUUGCUACGAGCUAUUGAUGAUCUUAAAAUUUGGGCUGAGCAACCACUUGCAAUUUUCCGUCCGAAUCUUGAAGAUAAGUGCUGGAAUGAUGCAUUUUUAACGAAAAACCCAAGAGAACCAUAUAUACCGUUUGGAACAGACAAUGAUAUAUCUUGGAUCGUUGGUAAUGCACCUGCCAAGGGUGAGGGUUUGCCUAUGGCACUUCGAUUGACAACCAAUAAGAAAUUGCGGAAAGAGUUCAAUAACGAGUUUAGCAAAAGAUUGAGCAUUAUGCUGGACUUACCUCUUGCAUGUGACAAAGAAGAUGUGAUAGAAUCAUUGGUAACAAAGUAUAUGGAUGGUAAACGUGAAUUGAAUGAUGAAACAUUGGAUGGCUUUUUGGAGCUUUUGGGAGACGCCUAUUUCGUAUACCCAACUUACAGGCUUUUGAAAUAUAAUGGCGAUUCUAACCGUACUGAUUUUAGAGGAAUAAUAAAUUUUGACUAUCGCGGACCCUAUUCAUAUUCGAAAAUAUUUACAAAUAGCUUAAAAGAUUAUGGCACUGCACACGUUGAUGAUUCGCUGUUUCUGUUUAAAGGGCCACAAGGAGUGUCGUAUGGUUAUUUAAAGAAGUCUCGUGAGGCAGCUUUGGUUAGACGAUAUGUGAGGCUGUUUCAAUCUUUUGCCGAAAAUGGUGAUUCAGAUGAAUUUGCUGACAUCGCAGAAUGUAAUGAAAUCAAUUUUCCGAAAUGUGAAUCUUUGUCGAUUGCAAAGAAGGAGGAACCUUUCGAAUCUGGUAUACCUUGGAAUAUUGAACGAAUGGCAUUUUGGGAAUACCUAUAUGAAAUUUGCCGGUUUUGAAUGUAUAUAUAUACAUAUUAUGUAUGUGUACAUAUAUACAUAUAUAUACUUUUUUAUUGCCAUAAAGUUGAAAAUAAAGUCAUACCAAUACUUGACUGAGUUAAAUCGGAA